CCGCCGGCCGGCGUGGCGGUGGCGGUGGCGGCGGUGCGGAGGGGAACCGGCCGGGUAUGUAGCCGGCACUCGGCACUCCACGCCACACUCCACUACAGCCCGUCGCUGGAACCGAACAGUCCGCUCCUCGCCGCCACCAAGACACCCAUCUCCAAGAUGCCCAUCGACCUGUACUACAUCGCGGGCUCCGCCCCCUGCCGCGGCGUGCUCAUCACCGCCAAGGCCGUGGGCGUGGACCUCAACCUCAAGGAGACCAACCUGAUGAAGGGCGAGCACAUGACCCCCGAGUUCAUCAAGAUGAACCCCCAGCACACGGUGCCCACGCUCGACGACAACGGCCUCUACCUGUGGGAGAGCCGCGCCAUCCAGAUGUACCUGGCCGACAAGUACGGCAAGGACUCCUCCCUGUACCCCAAGGAGCCCGAGAAGCGCGCCCUGGUGAACCAGCGCCUGUUCUUCGACAUGGGCACCGUGUACCAGCGUUUCGGAGACUACGCCUACCCCCAGAUGUUCGGCGGCGCCCCCAAGGACGAGGAGAAGCUGAAGAAGCUCGAGGAGGCCCUCGGCUUCCUCAACACCUUCCUGGAGGGCAGCAAGUUCGUCGCCGGCGACAACAUCACCAUCGCCGACCACUCCCUGCUCUCCUCCGUCUCCACCAUCGAGGCCACCGAGGUCGUCGACCUGACCAAGUACCCCAACGUGUCGAGAUGGCUGGCGGACUGCAAGUCCAAGGUCGACUCCUACCAGGAGGUGAACGGCGACGGUGCGGAGCACUUCGGCCAGUGGUUCAAGAGCGUCGUCAACAAGUAGACCACAAUACCAAAAAAAAAACCUAUUUUUAAUUUUGUUUACCUGAGCACGUGUGUGAGUGUGUGUGAGUGUGUCAAGAUUUUGCAUUUGUAUGUUUCAUCUUAAAAAAAAUGAUAAUUACGGACCAACUUAGGUGGCGUAGCCCCAGUGUAACUUUUUAAAAUAAAACAACUAUUU